AUGACAUCCCCAGAGCACCCGCUCUCGUACAAUGACUACGCCCUGCCGCAGGUCAAGCUGCAGCACCACCCGGCGUCGUCGCCGGUGCCGACGCCCGUGAUCCAGGUGCUGCUGGACCGGCCGGCGCAGAACAACGCCUUCACGGACACGAUGGUGGCGUCGCUGGUGACGGCCUUUGGGCUGCUGUCGUCGGACCCGCGCGUCAAGGCCGUCGUCUUCGGGUCCACGGACCCGCGCAACCGCUUCUUCUGCGCCGGCAUGGACCUGGGCGACGCCUCGGCCGCCGUGACCGGCACCGGUCCGUCGUCCGAGAAGAAGCCAGAGAGGCCGCCGCCGCCCACCACCGCCGCCGAGCUCGACCGCCAGCGCCGCGAGCACCGCGACGGCGGCGCCCAGGUCAGCCUCGCCAUCUACCGCUGCAACAAGCCCGUCAUCGCGGCCAUCAACGGCCACGCCGUCGGCGUCGGCAUCACCAUGACGCUGCCGUGCAACUUCCGCAUCGUGAGCGAGGAGGCCAAGAUCGGGUUCGUGUUUGCGCGGCGGGGCAUUAACAUGGAAGCGUGCUCGUCCUUCUUCCUGCCGCGGAUCCUGGGCGCCGGGCGGGCGCUGCACCUGGUGACGACGGGGUCGACGUACUCGCCGCGGGAGCCGGUGGUGGCGGACCUGUUCGCCGAGGUGACGGCGCCCGAAAAGGUGCUGCCGCGGGCGCUGGAGCUGGCGGGCGAGGUGGCGGCGCGCACCAGCGGGGUGGCGACGCGGGCGAUGCGCGACAUGGUGUACCGCGGGGCGGCGUCGCCCGAGGGCGCCUUCGCCCUCGAGAGCGCCGUCUUCUUCGACCUGUUCCGCGGCGCCGACGCCCGCGAGGGCAUCCGCAGCUUCCUCGAGAAGCGCGAGCCCCGCUUCGACGGCGUCUGGGACGCCGAGAAGCCCGCCGUCUGGCCCUGGUGGCCCGAGCAGCAGGAGCCUGGAAAGCUGGAGGACAAGAAGGCGGGCGCCGGCGUGCUGGCGUGGUUGAGGAGCAAGUUAUGA